AUGGAGAAGCGUAUCAUGGAGAAGGUUGUCGCCAAGUCGAGCCCUCCCGCGGGUGUCGCGGCCAACGGAGGGGGAGGUGGCGGCUCGGCCCAGGCUGGAGGCGGUGGCGGCGACGCUCAAGCCGCACCGCCCUCUGAUGAUGACAAACUACGUGUUCGAGUGCAGCACUUGGAGGAGUCCCUGCAGGCCCUUCGCAAGUGUGAUGGAGUGCCAGCGUCUGCCAUUGAGACCGUGGAGGGUGAGCUCAAGGCGGCGCGGGCUGCAGUGCAGUCCAAGAAGCCAGUGCUGUCCCGCGCCACCACGCUGGGCCACAAGCUGGCGGACAAGCAGAAGAAGUGCGAGGCUCUCGACAAGUCUAUUGCGGAGCAGAAUAAGGUUGUGGAGGAGGCGCAGCGGGCGUUGGCGGAGCUCAACGAUCGUCAGCGCAGCCUGCGCGUGGACAUCGACGCGCUCAAGAUCGAGUUGCAGGCGGCGAUGCAGCAGGUGGCUCCUUCGGCCCCCGAGCAGCAGGUGGAGGUCGACCUUGAGCUGGACCCGAGCGUGCUCGAGGGCCCCGAGGCGGAUGGGGUUAAGACGAUGCUGGCUUCGCCCGAGUUCGCCAAGUUCAGGCAGCUCUAUGCGGCCAAGGACGGCAGCGUCAACCUCUACGACGGCGGCAGGAGCUCGGGCACCGCCGUCGAGAAGGGGCUGGCCGCGCGCAUGGGCGGGCACACGUGGAACCCCAUCACUGGCGACGGCAGGCAGGAGAUCUACUUCACCCAGACCAGGAACCCCGACCACCCGUUCUUCCUGGGCGACCAGCGGAGGAAGGUCCCGGUGGACGGCCGCGACCUCGUCGGCAAGUCCCUGCGCGGGCCCGCCCCGCACCCGCGCGAGGUGGCCGGGCCGCAGCGCCGGAGGGAGGUCCAGCUGGCGCAGAUGGAGAACGCGAGCUCCUACCAGGGCUUCCAGCAGCGCUGCGGCCAGAUGUUCCCGCCGAGCCCAGCCAAGCGGUACUCCAUCGAGCCCAGACUCUACGCGCUCGAGACGGAGAAGCUGAACCCCAAGAGCUCCCCCAAGCAGGAGUGGAUCAGGCGGCGCGGUGAGCGCAUGGGCCACAGCGUCUCCUGCCCGAGCGUCGACCUCCGGGACCCAGCCGGGAGCCUGGACGCGGCCGUGCGCGUGGACCCCCGGAGGCGUGCCGGCCAGCUGCAGUCCGAGAGCGACUCGUGCUUGCCGCGGGCGUCUGCGGGCUGCUCCCUGGGCACGGACUCCACCGGCGUCGGGAGGCAGUACGCUGCCAAGCAGGGGUACCUUUCGGUGCACAGGGUGGAGAACGGCGACUUCAGCGUCUCCAAGAGGAACAAUCACUACUCCGGGGAGGACGGGGCCACGAAGUGCGACCCCUUCUACCAGAGGCCGGCCGUGAGCGCCACCAACAACUCUGUAAAGUACAACAUCAUCUCGAAGCAGCGGAGCUGGUUCAAGUAUUAG